AUGGCUCUCGUUGAGUGCAUAGCACCAGCGUGUGUCAUGUCUUGGCUGCGUUUCUGGGGCCCAUGACCCCUCCUUACGUGGCAACUGUUGUGUCUACUAGUCAAGGAGGCUCAGCCUCUGGUGUGGGUCAAGGACCCGCUCCAGCUGACCUCUAAACCCCUGGGGCCACCUGAGCCCUGGUCUUCCUGCUCCUCCCAUCUCCCGUGGGAAUCUCCCCAUGCACCUGCUCCCCCAGCAGCCCCGGGGGACUUUGAUUACCUGGGGCCCUCUGCUUCUUCACAGAUGUCAUCCCUGCCCCAGGAAUCGACUGAAAAUUUGGCUCCAUUCCUGAACACGGAUUCAGCUGGAGAGCUGCCCCUGGGGCCAGAGCAGUUCUUGGCUGCACAUCAGUAUUUAAAUGACAAGCUGACUCCGCAAGAAAGGCUCCCAGAGGUGGUUCCACUGCUGGACCGGGAUCAGAACCGGGCCCUAGUUCAGCUUCCUCGCCUCAAAAGUAAGGUUCAAACUGCAGAUCUAGAUCGGGCUGCAGGUCAUCAGGCAGAUGAAAUACUUGUUUCACUAGACAGUAAGGUUUCAAAACCAACCAAAUUUGUUGUUUCUGAGAAGAAAGAUCUAGCUGAGCGUUGGAGCCUUGCUGAGAUUGUUGGGAUUCCACACCAAUUAUCCAAACCUCAGCAUCAGAAGCAGACUUUGCAGGAUGAAUAUUUGAGUAUGGACACACUGUAUCCUGGCAGCCUGCCUCCAGAGCUCUGGGUGAAUGCAGAUGAGCCUCCAGGGCCUCCUGAGCAAGUUGGACUUUCUCAAUUCCAUCUAGAGCCCAAAAGUAAAAAUCCAGAGACCCUUGAAGACAUCCAGUCCUCUUCACUCCAGGAAGAAGCCCCAGCGCAGCUUCUACAGCUCCCUCAGGAGGUAGAACCUUCAACCCAGCAGGAGGCCCCAGCUCUGCCUCCAGAAGAGAUGGAACCAUCUUCAAUCCAAAAGGAGGCCCCAACUGAGCCUCCAGGUCCUCCUAUAGAGCCUGAACUUUCCCCCAGUGAGCAGGAGCAGCUAGCUAAGCCUUCUGAGUCUUCUGGGGAGGUUGAAUCUUCUCCAACCCAGCAGGAGACCCCAGCUCAGUCCCCAGAACAUCAUGAAAUCCCAGUUUCACCUCCAGGUCACCAUCAAACUCAGCAUUCAGAUUUUCCCAAUGUCUCUGUUAAGCCUCCACACGUGCAGCUCACCAUAGCAACAGAGCCUAGUGCAGAGGUGGAAACUUCUCCAGUCCACCAGGAGGCUAAAGCUCAGACUCCAGAUCCCCCUAAGGAGGCAGAACCUUCUCCAGUCCAGCAAGAGUUCCCAGCUGGGCCACCAGAGCCCCCUAAGGAGGUUGAACCAUCUGCAACUCAGCAGGAAGCCUCAGGUCAUCCUCGGAAAUCCACUGAAGAGGUCAGUCCUCCACCACAGUGGGAGAUACCAGCUCAGCCAUCAGAGCCACCUGAGAAGGUCGAACCAUCUCCAGUCCUACAGCAGGCCCCAACUCGGCUUUUAGAGCCACCUAAACAGGUAGAAUCCUCUCCAGUCCAGCAGACAGUCCCUGCUCAGUCUUCAGACCCCGCUAUGGUGAUAGAACCCUCUCUGACCCAGCAGAUGGCCCCAUCUUUGCCUCCAGAGUUCCCUCAGGAGGUAGAACCAUCUGUAACUCAGCAGGAGGUUCCAGCUCAGAUUCCAGAGCCCCCUGUGGAGGCAGAACCUUCUGUGACCCAGCAGGAGGCCACAGUUCAGGCUCCAGAGGCCCCUAAGGAGGUAGAACCUUCAAGGCAGCAAAUGGUCCCAGUUCAGCUUCCAGAGCCACCUAAGGAAGUUGCAGCUCAACCUCCAGCUCAUUAUAAGGUGACAGUCCCAACACCAGGCUAGGAUCCAGCUCAGCAUUCAACAUUGCCCAGUGUCACCAUUCAACCUUUGGACCUGGGACUUACCAUCAUUCCAGAAUCCACGACAGAGGUUGAACUUUCUCCAACCAUGCAGGAGACCCCAACUCAGCCUCCUAAGAAAGUUGUACCCCAACUUGUAGUAUAUCAAGAGGUAACAAUUCCAACACCAGGUCAGGAUCAAGCUCAGCAUCCAAUGUCACCCAGAAUUACAGUUCAACCUUUGGACCUGGGACUUACCAUCACUCCAGGACCCACUAUGGAGGCUGAACAUUCUACACCCCUGAAGAGGACUAUAGUUCCUCCAAAGCAUCUUAAGGUGACACUUCCACAUCCAGACCAGGUUCAGACUCAGCAUUCACACCUGACUGAAGCCACAGUUCAACCUUUGGAUCUGGGGCUUACCACCACUCCAGAAUCCACAACAGAGGUUGAAUCUUCUACAGCCCUGACGACUAUAGCUCCUCCUCCAGAACACCCUGAGGUGACACUUCCACCUUCAGACAAGGGUCAGGCUCAGCAUUCACACCUGACUGAAGCCACAGUUCAACCUCUGGACCUGGAGCUUAGCAAAACUACAGAGCCUACUACAGAGGUUAAACCAUCUCCAACCAAGGAGGAAACCUCAGCUCAGCCUCCAGACCCGGGGCUUGCCAUAACUCCAGAACCCACUACAGAGAUUGGACAUUCCACAGUCCUGGAGAAGACUACAGCUCCUCGUCUAGACCAGGUUCAGACUCUGCAUCGAAGCCUGACUGAAGUCACAGGUCCACCUACAAAGUUAGAAUCUUCGCAGAAUUCAUUGGUGCAGUCUGAAACUGCACCAGAGGAACAGAUGGCCUCCACAAGCAACAACAUAUGUGAGCUCUGUACCUGUGGAGAUGAGACUCUGUCAUGUGUUGAUCUCAGCCCAAAGCAGAGGCUCCGCCAAGUGCCUGUGCCAGAGCCCAACACCUACAAUGGCAUCUUCACCACCUUAAAUUUCCAAGGAAACUAUAUUUCAUAUAUUGAUGGAAAUGUAUGGAAAGCAUACAGUUGGACCGAAAAACUAGAUUUAUCCUGCAAUAAAAUACGGUAUAUUGAAAGACAUACAUUUGAAUCACUACCAUUUUUGCAAUAUACAAAUCUGGGCUGCAAUUUAAUUACGGAACUGAGCCUUGGAACAUUUCAGGCCUGGCACGGAAUGCAGUUUUUAUACAAGUUAAUUCUCAGUCGCAAUCAUCUGACUGCUGUCAAAGAUCCAUAUCUCUUUGAACUGCCGGCAUUAAAAUAUCUAGACAUGGGAACAACGCACAUCACACUUACAAUACUUAACAUUCUCAUGAUGACUGUUGAACUGGAAAAACUAGUCUCACUGUCGCUCAGGCUGCAGUGCAGAGGCAUGACCUCAGCUCACUACAACCUCCACCUCCCAGGUUCAAGCGAUUCUCCUGUCUCAGCCUCCCAAGUAGCUGGGAUUGGGGUCCUGGAGCCAAUCCCCUGCAGACACCAAGGGACAACUCUUCCCUCCUUUUUAUUGCUCAGUAGUAUUCCAGUUGUGUGGAUAGAUGGAGAUGUCAUCAGCAAGGCGGUGAUGGAAAUGCUGGCAAGGACCAUCAAGUACCUGCAGCCCAACCCAGCCUCGCAGGCUAAGCUGACCAUGCUCAACACGGUGUGCAAGAUCCGGGGCCAGGUGAAGAACCCCGGCUACCCGCAUUCGGAGGGGCUCCUGAGUGAGUGCCUGAUCCGCCACCAGGAGGAGCUGGGCAACGAGUCCAACUUCAGUGAUGCACUGCUCGAUGCCAGUGAGUCCAUGAAGCACCUGGCAGAGGUGAAGUACUCCCUGGACAUAGAGGUCAAGCAGAACUUCAUUGACCUCCUCCAGAACCUGUCAAUGCACUGCAACAUGACCGAAAUGAGCUUCCUGAGCAGCGAGGUGUUGGUGGGGGACUUGAUGUUCCCCUUCCAGCAGUCGGGUUUGGGGGCAGAAGGAAGCCUAGGUCUCUUAGAUGACUACCUGGAGGUGGCCCAGGAUUUCAAACCUCAUGGGUUGUCCAGUGACAAGGCUAAGGCGGGCUCCUCCCAAUGGCUGGCUGUGGAUGGGUUGGGGAGUCCCUCCAACAACAGCAAGGAGGAUGCCUUCUCUGGGACAGAUUGGAUGUUGGAGAAAAUGGAUUUGAAGGAGUUCGACUUUGAUGCCCUGUUGGGUAGAGAUGACCUGGAAACCAUGCCAGAUGACCUUUUGACCACGCUGGAUGACACUUGUGAUCUCUUUGCCCCCCUAUCUGCCUGCCCCAAACCUUACGAUCCUCCUGGAGAGAAGAUGAUAGCAGCAAAAGUAAAGGGUGAGAAACUGGAGAAGAAGCUGAAAAAAAUGGAGCAAAACAAGACAGCAGCCACUAGGUACCGCCAGAAGAAGAGGGUGGAGCAGGAGGCUCUCACUGGCGAGUGCAAAGAGCUGGAAAAGAAGAACAAGGCUCUAAAAGGGAGGGCGGAUUCCCUGGCCAAGGAGAUCCAGUGCCUGAAAGAUUUGAUAGAAGAGGUCCGCAAGCCGGCAGAUUCAAAGUUAGGCAAAAGCCUUCAGAGAGUAAACAGAGUCCUCACGGGCCCAAGGAGCAUCCAGAAAAGGCACUUCAAAGAGGUGGGAAAGCACAGCACUAGGAAAGAACAGGAUGCCCAGGCAUUUGUGGACAAUGCUGCCAAAGAAAAAAGCCUUGAGAGUCCAGCCCCAAGGGAGCUGGAACAGCCUCACAUAGUGCAGGGGCCUGAGAAGGUGGCGGGAAACACUGUCUACACCAAGCCUUCGUUCAACCGAGAGCAUAAGGCAGCAGUCUCCUCUGUGCUGAAACCCUUCUCCAUGGGCGUGCCUUCUGCCUCUAGCCCUGCAAAAGCCCUACCUCAGAAGAUGGUAGCAGCAAAAGUAAAGGGUGAGAUACUGGAGAAGAAGCUGAAAAAAAUGGAGCAAAACAAGACAGCAGCCACUAGGUACCGCCAGAAGAAGAGGGUGGAGCAAGAGGCUCUCACUGGCGAGUGCAAAGAGCUGGAAAAGAAGAACGAGGCUCUAAAAGGGAGGGCGGAUUCCCUGGCCAAGGAGAUCCAGUGCCUGAAAGAUUUGAUAGAAGAGGUCCGCAAGGGGAAAAAAAACCAAAACUGUCCAACCACAAGAAAACAGCCGGCAGAUUCAAAGUUAGGCAAAAACCUUCAGAGAGUAAACAGAGUCCUCACAGGCCCAAGGAGCAUCCAGAAAAGGCACUUCAAAGAGGUGGGAAAGCACAGCACUAGGAAAGAACAGCAUGCCCAGGCAUUUGUGGACAAUGCUGCCAAAGAAAAAAGGCUUGAGGGUCCAGACCCAAGGGAGCUGGAACAGCCUCACAUAGUGCAGGGGCCUGAGAAGGUAGCGGGAAACACCGUCUACACCAAGCCUUCGUUCAACCGAGAGCAUAAGGCAGCAGUCUCCUCUGUGCUGAAACCCUUCUCCAUGAGCGUGCCUUCUGCCUCUAGCCCGGCAAAAGCCCUACCUCAGGUCAGAGACAGAUCGAAAGACUUAGCCUACACCAUUUUAAUUUUAGAAAUGGCAAUGGCUAGAGUGAAAAACAUGAAGGCUGCUAAAUCAAUCGCAUAUUCCAGAAAAAAAUACCGCUUUUAUAAAACUCACUCCCGUGUGGCCCACAGAACACCCAAGGCCAAAAAAGAUAGAAAGCUUAGACAGGGCAGUUAUCUCAACAGACUGAUGCUCACAAAGAGGCCGCCGUUCUCUGCAGCGAAGAGCCUCAUAAAUUCACAAGGUGUUUUUUCAUCCUUAGGAGACCUGAGUCCUCAAGAAAACAGUCUUCUGGAAGUAUUUGCUCCUUCAGAAAGUUUUACAGAAAACACUAAUAUAAAAGACACGACUGCAAGAGAUGCCUUCGAAGAAAACGUUUUUAUGGAAAACACUAUUAUGCCACAAGGCACCGUCUCUGAAAACACAAACUACAAUCAUCCUCCUGAGGCAGAUUCCACUGGGACUGCAUUCAACUUAGAGCCAACUGUUAAACAAACUGAGACAAAACGGGAAUACAACAACGUGGUCACUGACCUGUCCCCCGAGCCCAAAAGCUUCAAUUAGCCGUUGCUCUCGUCUCCAGGUGAUCAGCUUGAAAUUCAGCUAACCCAGCAGCUAUGGUCCCUCAUCCCCAAAGAGGAUGUGAGAAGGUUCAUGUCUCAUGUUAUCCGGACCUUGAAAAUGAAUUCAGAAGCAUAUGUGAAAGUGACCUGUGCCAAGCUCAUCUCAUGAACAGAUCUCCUGAUGAAGCUUCUCAGCGAGCAGCAGGAAGCAAAGGCAUCCAAGGCAGAAUGGGAUACGGACCAAUGGAAAACUGAUAACUAUAUUAAUGAGAGCAUGGAACACAGUGAACAGAAAGAGCAGAAGUGAAGUGAGCUUACGAAAGAAGUUCCAGGAUAUGGCUAUAAUAAACUCAUCUUGGCAAUAUCUGUGACUGUAAUACUAACAAUUUUGAUUAUAAUUUUUGUCUUGUUGAGAUUCUGGUAUGGUGUGAGGGCGAUAUCCUGGAACCAGUCCCCCGCAAGGUAGCAAGGAUGACUGAACUGUGGAAGAAUCAAAGCACUGUUAAACAGCAUACAAUUCCUGUCUUCAAAAAAGUUACCUCAUCAGAUUCAUUCGCACAAAAGGGCAUCAGAGGAAGAUAAAGAAGACUCAUCAGUAUCAGGCCGCUGAGCCCAAGUUAAGGCAUCUGGAUGGCCUGGAGCCAUGUUUUUAAAAUUUUAUUAUUAAAUAUUUUUUUUUACUGGUUAAAUCAAUGAAAACAUUCUUUACUUUGUGUUUGUGUUCCUCAAAAUGAGGAUUUUUAACAAUAAUAAAAAUAAAGCCUGUUAGAUCAUUUUUAAUGGUAAUAAAUUGGUUCCUGAAGAUUUGACUGAAGAGAAAACUUGGCCAAUCUAAGCAGAGUCCAGAUGAAAUAGAAAGUCCACAGAGAACGGGCAAAAAGGACGUUGUGGAACCACAGACACAGUAAAAGGAAAAAACUGGCCGGGCACAAUGGCUCACACCUAUAAUCCCAGCACUUUGGGAUUAUCCAAAGUGCUAUCCCCCUCAAGAUAGCAAGGAUGACUGAACUGUGGAAGAAUCAAAGCACUGUUAAACAGCAUACAAUUCCUGUCUUCAAAAAAGUUAUCUCAUCAGGUAGAUGAGACUUAUAAUGAAUAAAAUGAAUGAAUACAGA